AUGCCCGAGAGCGAGCGGGCCAUAAAAGAAGUACAGGGCAGGCUGGCUGGGCCAGAGGCCCUGAGCAUGCAGCUGCAAGGGGCCAGUGGGGUGAACCAGCUCGGGGGGCUGUUUGUGAAUGGUCGGCCCUUGCCUCCGGGCACAAGGCAGAGGAUUGUGCAGCUGGCUCUAAGUGGGGUGCGACCCUGUGACAUCUCCCGCAGCCUCAAGGUGUCCAAUGGCUGCGUGAGCAAGAUCUUGGGAAGAUACUACAGCACGGGAGCCCUGGAGCCCAAAGGGGUCGGGGGGAGCAAGCCACGCCUCGCCACCCCCAUCGUAGUGGCCCGCAUCGCCCAGCUGAAAGGGGAAUGCCCGGCCCUCUUUGCCCACGAGAUCCGGGGCCGGCUGUGCGCUGAGGGGCUCUGCACUCAAGACAGCACACCCAGCGUCUCCUCCAUCAACCGCGUGCUGAGGAGCUUGGAGAAGGACAGAAGGCCGCCUCUGGCGCUGCUCAUACCACCAGGUACCCCGGCGCUGGCACCCCCUUCCCUCCCGCAGGACCCUACGUUGUCCCGGGGGCCCCGGCCCGGCCCACGUCACAGAAACCGGACAGUUUUCUCCCCACCCCAGGUGGAGGCCCUGGAGCAAGAGUUCCAGAGGGCGCAGUACCCGGACCCCAUCACGCGUGGGAAGCUGGCGGCUGCUACCCACCUGCCAGAGGCCACAGUGCGGAUCUGGUUUUCAAACCGGAGAGCCAAGUGGAGGCGGGAGGAGAAGCUGAAGUGGGAAACCCAGCUCUCAGGUGACCCCUUCUGCCCAGUGGAAGCCAGCAUC